GAGUCGUACUGGAUUCUGAUGCCACUGAUCCGAAAAUACCCGGCGGCGACCUGGUCUGUGGAGACGCGGUUGCAGUCGAUCCUGGAAGAAGUGUUCAAAAGGGAUGGCCCGAAGCACGUGGAAUUGAAUCAGAAAAUGAUGGAGGUGCUCGCCUUCGACGUUAAAGCUCUCUUUGCCGAACUGAGGAAGACUCGCCGGGUCUGGAAGUACGAAGCUAAGAGGCAAUCAAAGGAAUGGCCGGCUUCUGCGAUGUCCGUAAAUCCGAAGCUCUUCGAGAUGAUCGCCGCCAUGCGGACGCAGGAAUCCAAGGAAAACUUGGAAGACGACGACGACGAGUUGCUCUUCUUCAAAGAGGAUGGAUCAGUGGAAUGCAGGGAUCCAAAAUCGCCCCCGGACGAUUUCUUACUCUUCUUCAACGAAGAUGGAUCUACGGUGCGCCGGGAGCUUUUCAAAAACGAGACUCUCAGUUGCAAGCUGAACUCAUAA